GGGUUACUAGUGUUCCAUGUAUACUGCGACCUCAACCACAUCGAAGAAGACAAGCGCUGCCCAGUCAGUUCCAACCUCCUCCUCGAAUUCCUAGCCAGCUGCGCUGGGGCUUACUCAGGCUCGGUGAUCGCCAAUUUCGUGGCCGGCAUCAAAGCGUGGCAUCUUCUCCACGGCAGAGUAUGGUUAGUUCAGCCAGACGAACUCAAAGCCACCCUAGGAGGAGCAGCCAUCCUAGCUCCAACGACCUCUAAG